AUCAGUGUGUGAGUGACAGAAAUGAGUUGAAUUUAACAAUUUAAAGUGAUUGAGGUUAACUGAAAAUGGCAGUAGAAAAAGUUUAUUUGGAAUCAGACGCCUAUAUGGUUUGUCUGACCCACGCUCUGUCUACAGAACGCGAGGAGGUGAUGGGUCUUCUCAUUGGAGAGAUUGAUGAGCAGAGAGUUUCGCGGAUAUCAGCUGUGAUAAUGUUGCGACGAUCAGAUAAGCAACCAGACAGAGUGGAAAUUUCUCCAGAGCAGCUGUCCGACGCUUCAACCAAAGCAGAGAGAUUAGCACAGGAGCUUGACCGGCCGAUGCGGGUGUUAGGCUGGUAUCACUCUCACCCUCACAUCACAGUCUGGCCCUCACAUGUUGAUGUGAGGACACAGGCUAUGUACCAAAUGAUGGAUGAGGGAUUUAUUGGCUUAAUCUUAUCAGUAUUCAACCAGGAUAAAGUAUCAAAGAAUAACAGAAUCCAGGUGACCUGUUUCCAGUCUGUCAAUCACAGCCCUGAGGGACAGCCCUCCCAGUACAGCCGUAUUGAGGUGCCACUCCAUAUUGUCCCCAGCGCUAGGGUGGGGCCAGCAUGUCUGGAGUCCCUGGUAGAAUUACCUAACAUUCUACGUCUUGAAGAGUCUGAGGCUUAUGAGCAGAUCCGACAGAACAAAGACCUUGACCUCAUGACCUGUAUACACAAUGCUGCAGUGUACACCAAGUCUCUGUCUCACAUCAUGGACGUGAUGACGGGCCCCCUCAUCCAGUCCCUGGAAAACAGACUAGAACGGAACAAAGUCAGAAUAAACGAGCUUGAGAGGAGAAAAGAAGAAAUGCUGGAGGAACUACGCACAUAAAUCAUAUAUAUAUAUAUCUCCAUGUUCUGUGUACAAUGUAUUUGUGGUGUCUUGUGAUCUCUUGUGCUGUCUGAAUAGGUUUGUAAAUAAAGACAUUGAAAUUUCACCAGCUCUGAAUUGCGCUUUUUCUGCUAUGAAAUGAUGGUUAAACCACUGGCUCGUUGUCACUAUCAGGCCCUUCACCAUUGA